UCGUGAGAACAAACCGGUGCGCGUCGACUCCAAGCACAACCUGGUCAACAGCAAGGACAUUGCGAUUCUCCUUCCACGCGCACGCAAUAGCACGAGGAGCAUAUUGAAGACGGCCAUCGUCCUCGUUACUCCACCGAUAAUUAUAUGCCGAUGUCACGAAUUUGUCUGACGUCGAGUCGUGGGAGCCAUACAUCUCGUCGCUGCCACUUCAGCCAUCAAAGGCCCUUGGACUUUUGUUCGAUUCUAUGGGAGCCAGAUAAGAAGACGUGUCUCUCGUCCUUGCAAUCGACUGCAAUCGUGUUGGGGGUCGGUCUGUUGUAGCAAUGGCGGAACGAGCCGCGCCCUUGUUAGCGCCGUCGGAGGAGGCGACGCACCACGAGAACUGCCCCGGCUGCAGGCAAGACCGGCGGAACCGGCUCCAUCUGGGGAUUCCUUACCGCGAGUUCUUCUACGUGUGGAUCGUCGCCCUCUGCUCCGCCUUACCGAUAUCAUCAUUGUAUCCGUUCUUGUAUUUUAUGAUACGUGACUUGGAUAUAGCCAAAAGAGAGGAAGAUAUUGGUUUUUAUGCAGGUUUUGUUGGAUCGGCAUUUAUGUUAGGAAGAGCUUUGACUUCGAUACUCUGGGGAAUGGUGGCUGAUCGCUAUGGAAGGAGACCAGUUAUUAUGAUCAGUCUUCUUGCUGUAAUUGUGUUUAAUACGUUAUUUGGGCUUAGCACAAGAUACUGGAUGGCAAUCAUGACAAGAUCUUUUCUUGGUUUCUUAAGUGGAUUGCUUGGUCCGAUACAGGCUUAUGCCUCAGAAGUCUGCCGAAAAGAGUAUCAAGCUCUAGGAUUGUCAGUUGUUGACACAUCUUGGGCCAUGGGUUUGAUUUUUGGUCCAGCUAUUGGUGGUUUUCUCGCACAGCCUGCAGAGAAAUAUCCAAAUAUAUUUUCUGCAGAGUGUUUGUUUGGGAGGUUUCCUUACUUCUUACCCUGCCUCUGCAUUUCACUGUUUUCAGUUGGUGCAUUGAUAGCCUGCUUUUGGCUUCCUGAAACUCUGCACAUGCAUGGUGAAAGUAAAGUGGAGGAUGAACAUAUUAAUGUCCUGGAGGCAUUAUCAAAUGGUUCUAACUUGAAAGGAUACAGAGGAGAAACUAAACAAAGAAGAUUGUUUUCUGAUCAAAGUUUAUUAAAUAAUUGGUUGUUGAUGUCAUCAAUCAUUGUUUAUUGUAUUUUUGGACUUCAAAGUACGGCAUAUUCUGAGAUUUUCUCUCUAUGGUCUGUGAGCAAUAAAAAAUAUGGAGGAUUGAGCUUUUCAUCUCAGGAGGUGGGAAUGAUACUUGCAAUCUCAGGUUUCAGUCUUCUGGUUUAUCAAUUAGUUUUGUUCCCACAUAUUGAGAAACAUCUAGGACCAAUCAAUUUAACCCGUGCGGUGGCGGCUUUGUUGAUACCAUUGCUUGCAAGUUACCCAUUCAUGACAAAGUUAUCUGGAUUUAUUCUAAAACUGUCAGUAAAUUGUGCAUCUUCAUUGAGGAGUAUUUUCUCUUCAACCAUCACUGUUGGAUUGAACAUUCUGCAGAACAAUGCUGUGUCUCAACAUCAAAGAGGUGCUGCAAAUGGUAUGGCUGUGACUGCUCUGUCCCUGUUUAAAGCUUUUGCUCCAGCAGGUGCAGGAAUUUUGUUUUCAUGGGCACAAAACCAUCAAGGUGUUUCCAUUUUGCCAGGUGACUAUAUUGUUUUCUUCGUCUUAGACAUGGUUGGGGUCGUUGGUCUCUUAUUGACCUUCAAACCCUUUCUGACUCAACCUGGUAAGAAGAAAACCACAGUAAACACAUGAGUGUUUCUAUGGGAGGAGUGCUACGUGAGUUGCAGAGUUGCUGGGACUAGAUCAGGACACGAUAUAGAGUGCCUUAUUUUUAUUAUUAUUUAUUUUGUUAUAUGGUAUUUUCAGAAUGAAUUUAUGAUGUUGUGUUGUCUAAUAUGUUGUAAGUUUUCAUCACAAUUGUAUUGUAAAGGAGGGUGGGCAUUUGUACAGGGAAAACAAGCAGCAAGAAGGCUUUAAUCAUGCUGUCAAAAUAAAAAGGAAAACAAAAAAAUGAAGAGAAAGAAAGAAAGGAAAAAAGAGAAAGCCCAUUAAGUGUUCAUCUUUUUUGAUGUUAUCAAGAAAGAAGCUUUCAGAGUUUGUCAAAGCUUGACUGUCAUAAAUGUACUUGGUUUCAAAAAUUACAACCAGGUGAUGAUCGGAAAUCUCCGAAGAUGACUUCAA